AUGAGCAGUAAGGCAAUAGAAAUCCCUCAAAAAACCCGCUCGACAAAGAAACCAGAGAUUACCCAAAAAGAGAAAGUGUUAGAGGAGCCGAACCGCAUUCGAGGUUUUCUGGCUGGUGUUGUGUCCGGAGUGACUAAACUAUGUGUUGGUCACCCGUUUGAUACAAUCAAAGAAGGACUUCGUGCCUUAUAUAAAGGUGCAACUCCUCCUCUAGUGGGAUGGGCUUUUAUGGAUAGCAUAAUGUUGGGCUCCUUUCACAAUUAUCGUCUUCUCCUACAGAAAAAUGAUCCAACUGUUAAAUUGACUGUACCUCAACAAGCGUUAGCUGGUCUUG